AUGCAGAGGAAACCAGUGCGAGUGCUGAGCGAGCGCAUCAUGAGCCGGGGCUUCGAGCCUACGGUCGUGCGCCUGAUGGAAAAGGUUCAAAAGGUGGUGCGGGCGCAGCCUGGACUGCUCUCACUCGAGACGCUGAGUGACGUGGACGACCACCACAAAUACGUGGUGCUCUCGGAGUGGAAGUCAAUCAACGACUACAAGGCGUGGACGUCAAGUGACGCGCAUCGAGAGUGCACGAAGCAGAUCGACGAGGUGCUGGACGUACCUGGCAAGCAAACGACGAUCUACAAGCACCCGAAGGACGACAUUUUUCUGCUCUGA